AUUAUUCUUCGUUCUCUGUUUCGCAGCAUAAACUUUACGGUUUUUAUGAAAUUUAAUAACAGAAAAUGUUUGAAGUAGAAUUAAUAACAGCAGAUCACAAGGAUAUAAUUCACGAUGUAGCUUUUGAUUACUAUGGCCGCCGCAUGGCAACUUGUUCCAGCGACCAGACUGUAAAGGUUUGGGAUGAAGAUGAGAAAGGCAAUUGGACGGAAUCAAGCAGUUGGAAAGCACAUUCCGGUUCAAUAUGGAGGAUUUCAUGGGCACACCCAGAGUUUGGCCAAGUUUUAGUGACAUGCUCAUUUGAUCGUACCGCAUCUGUUUGGGAGGAAGUGGUGGGCGAAAAAAUUUCAUCAUUACCGACAACAUCCCGUCGUUGGGUUAGACGUAUGACUCUUGCAGAUUCUCGUACAAGUGUAACUGAUGUUAAAUUUGCACCAAAAUACCUGGGACUUCUUCUCGCUACUGCAUCGGCGGAUGGUAUAAUCCGUAUUUACGAAGCGCCAGAUAUAAUGAAUCUCACUCAGUGGCCUGUUCUGCACGAAAUCGCUAACAAGCUACCACUAAGCUGUAUAUCGUGGAACACUUCAACUUACAUGUUAUCUUCACAACUUCUGGCGGCGGGAAGUGACGAAACUGCUACACAUACUGGAAAAGUAUUUAUAUUUGCUUAUAGUGAAAGUGCUCGCAAAUGUGUCAAAAUUGAAACAGUCAAUGAAAUUACACAGCCAGUAACUGAUUUAGCUUUCGCGCCAAAUCCUGGACGGACGUUCCAUAUGCUCGCGGUGGCCAGCAAAGAUUUGUAUAUUGUCAACAUAAGAGGUGUCACUGAUGCGUCUGCAAAUACUAAAUUAGAAAUACAAACAACAAAGUUCAGUGACCAUAAUUGCCCCGUUUGGAGAGUGUGUUGGAACAUGUUAGCAACAAUGUUGAUUUCGACUGGGGACGACGGAUGUGUACGGAUAUGGCGAAAAAAUUAUACCAAAAAUUGGAAAUGCGCUGCUGUAAUAAAGGCAGAAGGAAGUUAUACAAGUUAUGAGCCGAGUCUUAACUCUCCAACAAUGGCAACAUCAGCCGCAGCUACCGCAAAGUACUAUAAAAAAGGUACAAUUACUAACCAAAACCAAGUGCCAUGGCAUUAGUGUUAAUGUUAUAUGGUUAUAUACUUUGUGCUCCUGUAAAGAUUGAUUUCUAACAUUUUUUAUUUGACUACACAUGUAUAAUAAAACAAAUUUUGAAACCAAA